AUGGGGAUCAACUAUUUUGGACCAGUAUACAUCAGCGCAGGUCGACGCAAGGCAGCAUUGAAGACGUUUGUGGCGGUAUUUGUGUGUAUGUGUACCAAGGCAGUACACUUCGAACAUGUUGCUGAUUUAUCAACGAAGAGAUUCCUACAAGCCCCACGAAGAUUUCUGGGCCGUCGAGGCCGAAUUCCAGACAUCUACUGGGAUAACGUAACCAACUUCGUAGGGGCUAGGAAUCAACUACCUGAAUUAUUUCAACUGCUCAAGGAUCCAGCGCAUCGGGAGAAGGUGUCACGGCUCUGCACUGAUGAAGAAAUACGAUGGCACUUUAAUCCCCCAAGGGCACCACAUGUACACAGUUCGUGGGAGGCUACAGUCCAUUCAGCGAAACUUCACUUGCUACGAAUGCUGGGUGGACAGCCGGAAGGAGCAGAGGAUUUAGCGACGUUGCUGGUGCAAAUCGAAACUUGCCUCAAUUCACGCCCGCUAAUACACCUGAGUGAUGAUCCGUUGGAUUUUGCACCUUUAACAGCCGGGCUCUUCUUAACAAGUGAAUGGUUACAGUAUCAGAAGAAGGUCUUACUGAGGUUCCAAUUAACCGCUUAG